AUGUCUGGUGACUGUGCUUUUUUUUUGGGAGUUUACAUGAGAGGAGUGGGGAUUGAGCGGUGCGGGAUAUGUGGUGGGUGCCGCAGGCUUGUUGGCCCGCGAUUUGGGUGCCCUCCAAAAUUCAUUACACUUUGGGCUCCUCAACGAGCAAUUUUAUUCUUUAUGGAAUCAUGUGCCAUUACAAAUGACACCCUCGACUGUUGUGUUCCGCCAUCCUUUUUUUUUUUUUUUUACGGGAUGUAUGAGAGCUUUGCAUGCUGCGGCGAGAACUGCAUUUGUUACUGUGCCAUUGGUCUCUUUUUUCCUUUUGUUUUCAUUCCUAGCCUUUUUUUACUCUUGUUGCUUAUUUUAUUACUGGUCAUGUUGAGACUCCUGCGUGCUCCGUGCCUCCACCUCACUCACCAAAUGGAGGUGCAUGACCAUUGCUUGGGAAGGAGUCUUUUUUUUUUGUUCAAAUUCACGCAGAACCAUCAUUGA